AGGGGGGACCUGAUCGACAAUACCAAGCUGUUGUGAUAACUUAGGUACCUAACCUAUAACAGCAGACUGCAAACAGCCAGCCAACCAACAUUGUAACCCCUAACCCUGAUCCCGUGUAACAGCCUCCAGUUCCCCAUCCAUCUUAGCAGACCUAUAACCUCUUAUAUAUAUACAUAUAAGGUAUACAUAUAUAUAUCCCCUACCACUCACUCCACCACCCACCAUGCCCCUCCACAUAGCCAGUCUCGGCUCCUCCUUCGCCGCCGGCCCCAGCAUCCCGCCGUGCGCGGACGAAGCAGCCGGCCGCUCCGGCGCGAACUUCGCGUGUCUGGUAGCCAAGCGCGCCGGCGCCCAGCUCACGGACCUAGCCGUCUCCGGCGCCGUCCUGCCCAACAUAACAACGGAGCCGCAAGACCGCGGCGGCCGCCUGUUCCCCCCGCAGAUCGACGGGUUGCCCGCCGACGCCGACGUCGUGUUCGUGCUCGGCGGCGGCAACGACAUCGGGUACAUCGGCGGCCUAUUCGAAGACACGCUGAGCGCGUCCUGGCUAGGCGCCUGCGUCAUGCGCCUGCAGGGCACGGGCGGCGCACCCCUCGCCUCCACCACCACGGUCCUCGACGUCGCGGGGCUGGCGGCGCGGUACGCCGGCGUCCUCGAUGCCAUCCACGCGAAGGCGCCCGAGGCCAAGGUCCUAGUCGUCGAGUACCUAACGAUGCUGGGGACGCACACGCGCGCGGGCGCCGACGUGCCCUUUAGCGAGGAGCGGGUCGCGCACCACCGCGCCGUGUGCGCGCGGCUCCUAGAAGCGACUGCCCAAGCGGUCCGAGGCCGCGAGGCCUGGGCCGAACUAGUCCCCAUCGGCGCGGCGAGCGAGGACCAUGCCAUCGGCGCGCCGGAGCCCUGGGUCUCGGGCUUCACGUGGAAGCUGUUCUACGCGGGCGGCGCGUACCACCCGCGGGCCGAGGGCAUGAAGGCCGUUGCCGAUAUACUGUAUAAGAAGCUCGUCGACCUGGGCAUAGUGGAAGACGGCGAGCUAUGAAGCUACGGUAGUUUGUGGCGGGAAAAAAGAUUGGAAAUAAAUUUGACCGGAACCGGUUCGAAACAGAUCUAGCGGUCAUGGACGCGACGGGACGGAACGAUUCUGAUGCGUGGAUGGAUGCUGGCUGGCUUCUAGAUGGAAGAUUGCACUACCGUGGAAGACUGCUAGGCUAGCUUUUACCGGGUUUCAGACAUAAGGUGAAGCUGAGUCUUCCGCUUAGUGUUCGUUAUUGGCCAAGUUGGAUUUCGAAUACACGGACGGAUUUAUGUUAUGUACAGAUAAUUCCUAGACGCAGAGUACUCGUUCUACCACACCACCUGCCUAUAAAAUGCAUAGGACCUACAUAUAUAAAAGAAUGGAUUUAUGCUGGUCC